CCCGUGGCGGCCAUGGGGGCGCGGCUGGGGCGGCGGGCGAGAGCAGAUGCCCCUGCGGCGCCGAGUGCCGGGCCGGCGCCCUACGAGCGCCGGGUGCGCUGGCUGCGAGAGAUCCAGUCCACGCUUCGGGAGCGGCGGCCGGAGCGCGCUCGGCAGCUGCUGCGCCUCCUGCGCCAGGACCUGGGCCUUGAAGGGAACCUCCUCACUGACAUCCUCCACAGGAAUGUGACUUUCCUUAACUUGGUGGACCCCAUCUCCCAUGACCUGCUGGUGAACCUGGCCCGGGACCUGCAGUGCCCCAAGAAGGACCAUGAGCUCUGGAAGUCCUCGGACAAGAUCUGUCGGCAGCUCAUCUACCACCUCACUCCGCACUCCAAGCGAAAACCCCACAGGAAAACCCAGAGCAGCCUCAAGAGCAGCCUCCAGAAGACUCUGCUGGUAGGGGAGACUGUGGACCUUUCUGGCAUCCCGCUCUCGGCCCGGGACGUGCAGCACAUAUCACACUACCUGGACAGUCGUGGUGUAGAGCUGGUGGUCCUGGACCUGAGCUUCACGGAGCUGAGCGAUGAGCUGCUGCAUCUGCUGCUGCCCAGCCUCUGGGCGCUGCCCCGCCUCACCCAGCUGCUGCUCAAUGGCAAUCGGCUGACCAGAGCCGCUGCCCGGGAACUCACCGAGGCUAUCAAGGACGCCGCCAAGUUCCCUGUGUUGGCCUGGGUGGACCUGGGGAACAAUGUGGAUGUGUCUUCACUUCCCCAGCCCUUGCUAGUUGGCCUCCGGAGGCGACUGAGCCAGCAUACCUCGCUCCCUACCAUCUAUGAGGGCCUGGACCUCGAGCCUGGGGGCGGCAUGGCUGAGACCACUGCUGCUGUCUCCGCCUGGGGCUCUGCCGCCACUGAGGCGGGACCAGAACCUCAGGGUUGUUGUGCGAGGUGACUUCCUACUGGUCUGGGUCAAUGCUAAUGACUGGGGUCCUUUAAGAACUAGGUAUUAGAGGCCCACGUGUGUCCCUCAGAGAGACAGUGAAAAUGCUCAACUUGAGGUGGAGUGAGUGGAAGGAGAAAGGUUUCAUGGCAGGCAGGCCAGGCAGCCCAGACUAGGGGCUCCAUCUUGCCCAGCAAGAGGUGCCUCAGUGCCCAUGGCCCAGACCUUCCAGGAAAGGAGAGCAUCCAUUACUUCAGGCUUUAUGUACCACAGACUUCAGACUCACUGAGCUCCAAGUCCGAUGCGGAGGGAGGAAAACCCCACCUACCCAGAGUGGGUAAAACUGCAGCCUCAUUGAUGCUCCCUUAGCGCUCACUGGGAAGUCUCCAUGGAAACAAGAUGUAGAGGUCAUGGGUUCAGUGGUGUGGGCGGAGUUGGAGGAGACCUGACUUCAGGGCAGGGUAUGAGCUCUAAGCAGUUGGGAGCUUCAGGGGAGAAGGUUGGGAGUCACAGAGAGGCAGAGCUCUGCAAGGAGCCCGAGAGCAAAUGCCAUCGGGGCCCUUCAGUGUGCACUGGGCUGGGGACAAGGCUCCACACACCGAAGGCAAGGCCACGGUGGAUCUGGAGGUGGGACAGUUGACUGUGUGUUUGUCUCCCAUAGGACACAGCACUGGCCACUCUCCCCAGCUCUAGUUCUCACCCUCCCUGUGUAGACCGAGUGAGUAUCUUGGCAGGGUGAGGAGAUGCAUCUGGCUGGAGAUGAUGAGGUGUCCUGUUUCCUUUGGUUUUAGGGUCACACACAGCGUGUAAGGGGAUGGAGGUGGGGCCCAGCUAGCAUCAGGAGCUCUCAGGGCAGAACGGACCUAAUGGUAUCUCUCUAGGGAGUUACUGACUUUCUUUCCCAAAAAUCCCUCAAGGUGGUCUUUCAACUAGAAGCCUAAGGUCUCCCUGACUCAUUUAGGAAACUAGAGUUUUUAGCCCAACUGUUAGACAGGCAGGGCACGUGAGGAAGGGACUCAGAGAAGAGCAAAGUAGGGAAGCAGGGUAGAGACAAGACUUACGGCCUGGUGACAGUGGAGAGACCCAGGAACAGAGGGCAGCCUCAGCGUCAAGGUGAAGGCUGGGGUCACCCCGGACCUGAGUGCCUUUGGCCCACUAGCUCUGACCACCCCACACCUCCCUGUCUAACUCCAAGUGGGCUAUGGACAGUACAUCCAGGCUCUCACAAAACAUCAAUGGCAGCAUGUCCCCAGCCCAGUGUGCCCAAGGAGGCAGCUGGCUACACUGCAUCAGCUCCCAGGCCUGGGAAAGGAGACAGCUGAGGAAAACCAUUUCACCUCAUGUCCGGCCACUUUAGACAACUGCUUAUCAAGACACUGUGAGAAGAGCCCAGGACCUAGGGCUCUGCUCUGUACUUGCUGGGGGACCUGGCCAGAUCCUCCAUCUCUUUGGACCUGGGACCCACCUUCCCCCUCUCUGUUAACUAGAACUUGCUGUCCCAGAUCUUGGCACUCAGUGCUUC